GUUCAAUCCUCGGGUCGCCAAUAAUAAAUCGCAGAGACAAAUAAAAACUUGUGUAAAGUUUUCACACUCCACAGCCUAAACCCAACCAAAUUCGCAAGAAAAUAAAAAAUAAAUAAUGGGUGGCUGUGCGAGUAGACCCAAGGAAUCAGACAUGAACAACGAAGAAGGCUCUGUUCCUAACAAGCCUGUGUCAGAAACCGUAGUAGCCAAGGAGAACAACACAGAAGAAAGCGGAGAGAAACAGAACCAGACAGAGACUGAGACCACUGAAACAACUUCUGUCGAAGCUAAGGAGACAUCUCAGGUCGAGCCGACCAAAGAAACAGCUCCUGCUGCUGAGACAGAGGCUGCAGCACCUGUGGAAGAGUCAUCUUCUGCUGGUGAGGCUGCACCAGCACCUGAGAAAGUGGAGAACGUAGCGGCUGCAACAGAAAACGCUGAGACAGCGGUUGAUGCGGCUGCGGUUGCUGCACCGGAAAAGGUGGAGGUUGCGGUGGAAGAGGCUAAACCGGCUGAGGCUGAACCAGUAAAGGAGGAGAGUAAAAAGGAAGAGAAAGAAGCUGUUGUCACUGUUUGAUUGAUUUAAAUCUGUGAAAAUAUUUUGAAUGUUGUUGUAAUACCACCUUGAUUUGAUUUGCUACUAACUGGUUUUAAUUGGCUUUGUUUGUUCUUUGUAUUUUCAUAAUGAUUAUUCUUUGAUUCAAUUAAACAUAAAUCAGUUUUGCUACAUGCAACUUU